AUGAAUAUAUUCAUGAGGUACGUAGGAUAUACAUAUAUUUUUACGCGUUCGCCAUUAAGCAUACGUUUACACAGCCAUGACAGCCAUUUUCACAACUGUGUACAAUGCUUGGCAUCACAUGAAAGAACAAGAGGAUGGUUUUUGGUCGGUUCACCCGUACCUAUGUUACUCAUUAUGUUUGGCUAUCACAGAUUGAUAACAAAAAUAGGUCCAGCAAUUAUGAAAAGUAGACAACCUUUUAAAAUAGAUAAAAUUGUACAAAUAUAUAAUUUAGCACAAGUUAUUAUAUGCGGAUGGCUAGCAUUCGAGGGAUUUAGAUUAACUUAUGGUCCAAACGGCCAUUAUAAUUUACAUUGUCAACCCAUGGAUCUAUCAUUAUCACCCUUAGCUCGUCGAAUAGCUUUAUUAACGUGGAUAUAUUACAUGAUUAAAGUUUUAGAUUUGUUCGAUACGAUAUUUUUUGUCAUGAGAAAAAAAUUCAAUCAAGUUUCUUUCCUUCAUCUUUAUCAUCACAUGGGAAUAUUAAUACUCGGCUACAUGGGUUCAACAUUUUAUCCAGAUGGACACGGUUUCAUUAUAAUACCAUUAAAUAGUUUGGUACAUUGUUUUAUGUAUUUUUAUUAUUUUUUAAGUAAUUAUAGUAGUAAAUAUAAGAAUAACGUUUGGUGGAAAAAACACAUAACACAAUUACAAAUAGCUCAGUUUGUUAUACUUAUAAUACAAGCAACAAGAGGAUUAUUAGCAUCAAAUUGUGGUUAUCCAUAUUUUCCAUUGUUUCUUAUUUACCCACAAUUAAUAUUAAUACUUAAACUUUUCGGUGAUUUCUAUUACAAAACUUAUAUUAAUCCGAAACCAACGCAAAAAACAUCCUAA